AUGUCCAACAGGCUCGAGUCGCUCAACCCCAAGAAGCCCGCGCCCAAGCCCGGGCUCAAGUUCAAGCCCAAGGCCGUGGCCCGCAAGAGCAAGGAGGACCGCGACAAAAACGCGCCGGAAAUCAAAAGCGACGGGCAGCCGCGGCUGCAGCCGCUGGCGCGGGGCCGAGGCCUGGCGCGGGGCCGCGGCCGCGGCCGCGGCGGCGCGUACGCGGGCACGCACGUGGUGUCGGCGGGCCCCCUAGCCAUGGGCUCGGUGGGCGUGGGCGGCGGCUCCACGAGCUCCAAGACGGGGCUCACCAGCGACCGGAUCUACACGGCCGGCGAGUCCGGGGCCGUGGCGCCGCUCGCGCAGUUGAAGCUCAAGGCGCGCGACGCGCCCGCGGACGGCCAUGACAGCGACGGCGACGACCCGGCCACGAUCAACAUGAACCGCGCGUACGCGUUUGCGGACUCCGAGACCGUGCUCUUCCCGGUGCGGCCGGCCAAGCACGAGGCGGCGCCGGCGGCGCCGGCAGAGGCCGGUGUGGCGCCCGAGUCGCGGGCCGCGUCGCCGGAGGGCCUGGUCAAGGCCGAGGACCGCGACGGCGUGAGCCCGGCCGCGUACACGGCGCCGCUCCUCGUGAACCCGGACGCCAAGCACGAGGCGGACGAGCACGCGCGCAUUGCCGCGGACCAGCGGCUGAUCGUGGACAUGCUCACGCAGCAGCUCGCGGGCUUGAAAACGGACGACGACGCGGCGGCCGCGGCGCCGUACGUGCUCGUGCACGUGCCGCGGAUCUCGGCAGCGGCGGCGGCGCCCGGGCCGGCGCUGCGCUCGCACUUUGCGGCGCCGCAGGCGCGCGGCUUUGCGGGCGACGUGGGCCGCUUGAACUUCCACCAGCUGGGCCGGAUCACCAUGGACGUGCGCGGCGGCAGCGUGGCGUUCCAGUGCGCGGGCGGCACGCCGGCCGCGUUCUUGCAGGAGCUCUACGUCAUUGAGGACGGCGCGGCGGGCGCCGGCGCGGACGAUGUGGACGAGGACUCGGCGUCCGUGCUGGAUGCCGACGGCCGCCGGAUCGCGGGCCGCAUCUACCGCUUGGGCGACAUUGCGGGCAAGAUCGUGGCCACGCCGGCCAUCCGGUAG